UGAAAACUCGUACUUAACGGUGAUCCUCUUAAUAUUGCAUGAACUUGGCGCGAACUUUAUUAUUGUGUCAACGACAUCUUGUUUUUGAUGAGGAAGGUCAAGAUUCUUGUCAGAUAAAGAUGCACGCAGCAAGAGUUUUAGUUCCCUUACUUCUUUGCAUUUGUUCAACAUUGAUGGUUCAAAGCCGCCGAUCGCAAGACCCCAAACAUGACAAGCGCCAAUAUAUCAGUGAUCCAUUGAGCGGGUUCUUGCCAAGGCAGCCACGUGCUUACAACCCACGUGAAGGAAAUCAGCCAAUCAGAGGACGUCCUUCGCUAAUUUCAAGCGCUUUACAAAGGCUCACAUUUCGCCUACCUGGGGCACGGAAAGAAUUUGCGCGGACACAUCUCACAUCAGUCAACGCUAGAGAUGACCAAUCAGAACACGUUGGUAAAAGAAAACAAGGUGUGGUUGGCUACCAUGCCCUUGAGCCUGUUGUCGGGCCCAGUACCAACGGGCAAAAAGAAAGGCAUAGCUACGAUAUUCUAAAAAAGACAAAUGACGAAGUACGAGGGGCUGAAUCAAAAUCUGGCGAUUCUUCAAAGGCCGGGAGUUUUAAGAUAGACGAUGACAAGGUUAAAGGCGUCGGUGUUUAUCAGAUCAGAAAUGGGAUGGUCGACUUGGAGGUUUUACUCAAAAUGUUUCCAAACAGCACAUGCUGCGGUUCGGAGCAGGCGUUCGCUAGUGAUGGGGUAAAAGCUGCUAACGAUUUUCGUUCUCGUCACAAUGCUCCUCCUCUUAAGUUGAACGCGGAGAUGAGCAAGGAGGCAGAGGAAUGGGCGAAACAUCUGAGCGAGAAUGACAUCUUUGAACACUCGCCUGCGGAUAAGAGAAAGAAUCAAGGCGAGAACAUAGCGGCAGCUUGUAAUGCCAAACCUGAGGACGCAGCUGCUGUGACACAAAGAUGGUACAAUGAAGUGUGUGAUGGAUAUGAUUUUUCGCGUAAUGAUAAGGAUUGGAACGCCAGCCAUUUUACUGCCUUGGUCUGGAAAGGAACAACUGAUAUGGGACUAGGAUUUUACGACAAGAAACAACCAGACGGGACGGUUUGUCGGACAAUGGUGGCCCGUUAUCGCCCACCAGGGAAUGCCGGAGGCGGCUUCAAGGAAAAUGUCCAAAAAGGAUCUUUUGAUCCUAGCAAACACUGCAAUAAAAAAACCUUGCAAAAAAGAAUGCAGUGGUACUUGGUCAGCGGCAUUUGUGUGGCGCUGGUCGCCAUUUUAGCGGGAAGUCGCAAUGUCAAAGCAGUUCGACGUGGUUUUAUCCCACCGUACUUCCCGCAAAUGCCACAAAUGCCGUACCAAUGGCCACAACCCAUGCAGCCACAAAUGAUGAUGCAACAACAGCCUCCACAACCGGCCAAGCUAGAAAACACUGCGACACAACGGUCGCCUAUUUUACCAGGAACGCCAAUGUGGAAACGAAUGAAGUAUAUCGAGCGAUAUAAUGCUAUGCAGAGAAGCAGAGAUUCGGGCAUUUACAGUGAGCCUACCGGUAAAGGCUCUCCAAGUGCAUUCGAGAAAAGAGUCAAAGGCUAUAUCAACCUUCACAGACUUCUGCAUAAGACCGGAACAUUGGAGCUCGACCAUAAAAUGAGCCUGCAGUCAGCAAAAUACGCGCGGGAAAUCGCAAAGAGCAUGCGCGUGGAACAUUCUACUAAAAAAAGCAGACAUGACCAAAGUGAAAGCAUUGCCAUUGGAUGUAAAGUGUCAGGUCCCGGAUUGACCGGUUUUGAAGCCGUCAAGUACUGGUAUCAGACGGUCUGCCAUAACAACUGGGUCUCGCCAGGCCUCAACGACAAAUCCCGGCCGUUUACAAACAUGAUCUGGAAAUCUUCCAAGAGAUUGGGUAUCGGCCGCGCCUCCUUCAAGACUAAAGGCGGUUACAACUGUACCGUAAUGGUGGCACGCUAUUCUCCCGAGGGGAGUAGGGGUGGGUCGAACAAGUAUAGUGAUAAUGUUAAUCAGGGCCACUACGUACCCACAUCCUGUCAGUACACAAACAGCAACGACAAGCCGGACUUUAUCCAACCCUCUCUUAAGUGUAGUAAGACAAGUAAAGAUUUCCAUGGACAGAUGGUUGAAGAAGAUUCUAGCUGUACCAUAUCAGAGCUUUUUGCUACAUUUGGGGCGUCCAAGAGAAAGGGGAAAUUAGCUUUUAGAGUAGUACUUUAAACAGACGACAAACUAAGUCAUGGUUAGUGUUCCCGGGUGGAAUUCUGGCUUAUCCGAGCUUUUGGUCUGUUGCUACAUCCUGGGCGUCCAAAAGAAAGGGGAAGUUAACUUCUAAAGUAGUACUUCAUAUAGACGAGAUAUUAGUAUGCUAUAGGAGCUUGAAGGUUCUCAACCCGCUGUAACACGUUGACGAUCAACCUGCUACAGCGGGUUGGCUUCAAACCUGUUGGUCAACCCGCUACGUAUGCUCGGGGACCAUAGUGUGCUAUAGGAGAAUGAAGGUUCUCGACCCCCUUAACUCAGGGACCAUAGUGUGCUAUAGGAGAAUGAAGGUUCUCACCCCCUUAACUCGGGGACCAUAGUGUGCUAUAGGAGAAUGAAGGUUCUCGACCCCCUUAACUCGGGGACCAUAGUGUGCUAUAGGAGAACGAAGGUUCUCGACCCCCUUAACUCGGGGACCAUAGUGUGCUAUAGGAGAAUGAAGGUUCUCCACCCCUUAACUCGGGGACCAUAGUGUGCUAUAGGAGAAUGAAGGUUCUCGACCCCCUUAACUCGGGGACCAUAGUGUGCUAUAGGAGAAUGAAGGUUCUCCACCCCCUUAACUCGGGGACCAUAGUGUGCUAUAGGAGAAUGAAGGUUCUCGACCCCCUUAACUCGGGGACCAUAGUGUGCUAUAGGAGAAUGAAGGUUCUCACCCCCUUAACUCGGGGUCCAUAGUGUGCUAUAGGAGAAUGAAGGUUCUCCACCCCUUAACUCGUUGGCGAACUUCAAGCACUACGAGCACUACUUGCUGGCCGCCUAGUGAGGUUCAUGUCAAACCCUUUGUGUUUUUAAUUGGCAUACUUCACAAAACUGUAAAGGUGGCCACGCUAGCACUACUAUGAAUUGGAGCAUGGCUUUUAGUUUAGCUCACAAAAUUAGAUGAAAAGGCCUUUUCCAGGCUUUUAUAAUAAAGUGGAUGAUGAAAUACA